UUUCUUCGGUCACAAGUGAUCCGCUGCUCCGCGAACGUGAAUAGUUGCCGAAAUCCGUUUCCUUCGGACUUUUCCUUUUUACAGUUUUUACAAAUCAUUUGUUUUCGUAGGUAUUCCAGCUUUUACACAUGGUGGAUAGGUUUGUUUACGCACAAGGAAUGUUUUCGCACUUGCUGUAGUUUUUCUCUUCGGAUUUGAGCAGUCCGGCGUUUGUUUCUGAUGUCCGUGGAACAAGACACGCUCUUCCUGUGCCCGUUUGUGUCUGGAUACAGCGUAGAUUACAGAUCCACAGGAAUGCUGUGAUCAAUGUAGGACAUAUGUAACCAAGUCCGCACAUCAUUCGGAGGGUCUUGCCAAAGGGCCUCAAGACAAGGAAAAGCAGCUGUAAAUGGAUCGUCAUUCUAGCCUCGUUUCUCUCUGGUUUCAGCUGGAACUAUGUGCGAUGGCCGUUCUUCUCACGAAAGGAGAGAUAAGGUGUUACUGCGAUGCCCCGCACUGCGUUGCCACUGGAUACAUGUGUAAAUCGGAGCUCAACGCGUGUUUCACUAAGGUCCUGGACCCGCUUAACACGAACUCACCUCUAACGCACGGCUGUUUAGAUCCGCUUGUGAACUCUGAGGACGUGUGCGCCAGCAAAACCGUGGACGGAAGUUCCUCUCCUGUAGAGUGUUGUCAUGACGACAUGUGCAACUACAGAGGACUGCAUGACCUCGCGCAUCCUCGAGGUGACUCCACGGACCGAUACCACAGCUCCAAUCAAAACCUGAUCACAAGGGUGCAGGAGUUAGCAUCUGCUAAAGAGGUGUGGUUCCGGGCGGCGGUGAUAGCCGUGCCCAUAGCGGGCGGCCUUAUCCUGGUUCUGCUGAUUAUGCUGGCGCUGCGAAUGCUUCGUAGUGAGAACAAGCGUCUCCAGGCCCAGCGCCAACAGAUGCUGUCUCGCCUCCAUUACAGUUUCCAUGGACACCACCAUGCCAAAAAAGGCCAUGUGGCCAAGUUGGACUUGGAGUGCAUGGUGCCGGUAACAGGACAUGAGAACUGCUGCAUAGGCUGCGAUAAAUUGCGGCAGACUGACUUGUGUACUGGAGGAGGAACGGGAGGCGAACGGCUACUAUCUUUGGUUCACUGGGGGAUGUACACGGGGCACGGCAAGCUGGAGUUUGUAUGACUACUUGGAACUUCCUCUGUGGGACACGUACUCACCUGUUCAUAGUUGGUGAGGCCUGAGUAACUGUGUAGUGUUUUGCUGAUGUAAUUUUAUUAUUUUCUCUCUCCGUGUGUUAUUUUAUUGUCUCCUGAUGCGGAGACUGAAGACAUUUCAAGGACACAAAUCUUUGUGUUUCUCAAAAGAGCACUUUACUUGAAUUAGAGUGGCCGUGGGGCUCAGGUGAAACGGAAAGGGUGGCGCAAUGGACGUAACCCCGGCCCUUUCCCACCGAAGCCACGUCCUGUGGAUCCUGGACUGACACUGAAGACUGAAGGAUUCUUAAAGACAGUCUUAUUUUGCACAUUUGUAUAAAACCGGCUAGAUGUCGAUGGGUAAAUGAGGGGGUAAGGUAUGGAUGUGACUGGUGUGUUGCGUUCAUAGUGACUUUUUUGAAGAAUUUUACACUGACACCAGGGUACAAAUAUGUUUGUUUUAGUCAAAUUGUAUGAAUAAAAAAAUCCAAUGUUGACUCUAACAGAUCACACGCCUCUACUUUUGAUUUCAUUCAUUUAAGGGAUUGGUGUAAUUGUUUCUUUUUUUUUUUUAGCUCUGUUUGAGUAUGUUUAUUCGAGUGAUGAAGUUUGGUCAGUAGCAGGGAUAUUGACACAGGGGCCUUGUUCUAAAGUAGUGCCCUACAUCUGACUGCGUCAUCUUUGAAACCCUUCCAAAAGGGACACAUUACAUGUCUCUGGCUCUCUCGCCCCUCUCUUGGGACUAAUACUGGAGGUAGAGCGAGUAUUUAUUUAGUAAGUGAGGGAAUGUCAGUAAGCUGUGAGUUCAGAGUCCUUUCGCCUGCGCUCAAAGAACACAGUAAUUCCCUUGUAUGUACUCUGGCUUGACUUUACAAUCCACAAAUCACAGGCAGAUUUGAGAACUGUGAAACUUUUUGGACCUGCUUUGAAAAUAGGCUAGCAGCUUUACACGCUAACUGUUCCUAUGACUGGGGCGAUACCAGCAGCAAUUGCUAACAUUCCAGUCUAUAAUUUAGUUCAUUGCAGUAGCCGUGUGCAGCAUGGGUUCCGUGUAACAGCUGUUCCUGGUUUUUCUUUUUGGGAGG